UUCACGCGCGGGGAAGGAAGCCGGCCCGAGGCCUGGGGGCGGCCGGCUCGGGCGCCCGAGCACGUCCGCAGGCUCCGAGGGGAGGUGGCAGCCUCUGAGAGGCGGGAGAGUCCGGGGAGGCGGCCUGGAGGUGGGGCCGUAGGGGGCCGGCCCGCGCGGGCUUCAUCUGCGGACACCCGGCCUGCGGCCGGCAGCUGGGGGACAUCGCGGCGACUCGAGCAGCUAUGGCCCGUCCCUGGGGCGUCCUGAUCGGCCUCCUGGGCGCCGGCUGGCUGCUGGGCACCGGGCACAGCGGGCAGCAGCCCCUGGAGACCGCGGCGCAGCGGUGCUUCUGCCAGGUGAGUGGGUGGAUUACUUGGAUGAUUUGUACCUGUGAUGUUGUGAAACCAUUGAUAAAUUUAAUAGACUACAAACUUUUUCCAAGACUACAAAAACUUCUUGAAAGUGACUACUUUAGAUAUUACAAGGUUAACCUGAAAAGGCCAUGUCCUUUCUGGAAUGAUAUUAGCCAGUGUGGAAGAAGGGAUUGUGCAGUCAAGCCUUGCCAAUCGGAUGAAGUUCCUGAUGGAAUUAAAUCUGCAAGUUACAAGUAUUCUGAGGAAGCCAAUAGUUUCAUUGAAGAAUGUGAACAAGCUGAAAGACUUGGAGCUGUGGAUGAAUCUUUAAGUGAGGAGACACAAAAGGCUGUUAUUCAGUGGACCAAGCAUGAUGAUUCCUCAGACAACUUCUGUGAAGUUGAUGAUAUACAAUCUCCUGAUGCUGAAUAUGUUGAUUUGCUUCUUAAUCCUGAGCGAUACACAGGUUACAAGGGACCUGAUGCAUGGAAGAUAUGGAAUGUUAUCUAUGAGGAAAAUUGUUUUAAGCCACAGACAAUUAAAAGACCUUUAAAUCCUUUGGCUUCUGCUCAAGCUACAACCUCCGAGAAUACUUUUUACAGCUGGCUCGAAGGUCUCUGUGUAGAAAAAAGAGCUUUCUACAGACUAAUAUCUGGUCUACAUGCAAGUAUUAAUGUGCAUCUGAGUGCACGAUAUCUUCUUCAAGAUACCUGGCUGGAACAAAAAUGGGGACACAACAUUACAGAAUUUCAGCAGCGGUUUGAUGGAAUUUUGACUGAAGGAGAAGGUCCAAGAAGACUUAAGAAUUUAUAUUUUCUCUACUUAAUAGAAUUAAGAGCAUUAUCUAAAGUGUUACCAUUCUUUGAGCGCCCAGAUUUUCAACUCUUCACUGGAAAUAAAGUUCAGGAUACUGAAAACAAAGUGCUACUUCUGGAACUACUUCAUGAAAUCAAGUCAUUUCCUUUGCAUUUUGAUGAGAAUUCUUUUUUUGCUGGAGACAAAAAUGAAGCAAACAAACUAAAGGAGGACUUUCGACUACAUUUUAGAAAUAUUUCAAGAAUCAUGGAUUGCGUUGGUUGUUUUAAAUGUCGACUAUGGGGAAAGCUUCAGACACAGGGUUUGGGCACUGCUCUGAAGAUCUUGUUUUCUGAAAAACUAAUAGCAAAUAUGCCAGAAAGUGGACCCAGUCAUGAAUUUCAACUUACUAGACAAGAAAUAGUAUCAUUAUUUAAUGCAUUUGGAAGAAUUUCUACAAGUGUGAGAGAGUUAGAAAACUUCAGGAAUUUAUUGCAAAAUAUACAUUAAAGAAAAUCAAAUGAAAUGUACAGAUGUGCUUGUUUCUGGACACUGGAGGCCAAGAAUGGAAUUUCAUUGAAAAACAUCACAGAAAUGAUAGUCUUAAAGCCAAACAUUUUAUAUAAAGCUGCUUUUGUAAAGAAUUAUAUUGUUUUAAGUAAGUCAUUUUUAACUGUGCUGUCUAUGUCUAUAAAUUUUUUUUGUGAGUAAAAAUGAUAUACUUUGUAAUGUGCUACAAAUUUUAAAGUUGAAUAUGGAAUAAAAUCAGAAUUAUCUAAUUUA